AUAGCUUACCAUUCUUCCAAUAGGAACAACAGCUGGACGAUGACGUGUGCUGAGACGGAAGUCGAGGGAGGAAGUGCAUUUGUCUGGUACUAAGUGGCCGGUUACCAAAUAUAAAUCGCCGGUGGUGUUCCGUAAAACAACCUGGAGGCUGGCUAAUGCCAUUUUUUGUGACUUGAAUAUCGCAGAAACCCAAAUCUACAAGGGCUACCUUUUACCUGUUUGUUUUUCCCUAACCUGCUGCUGCCUUAAGGUAGAGCUAUCUGCAGUGCGAUAUGGAGACGUGGAUUUGUGCAUGUUGUUUGAGCUUCAUCCUACUUGUGGCUGACCGUUUGAGUGCUCAAGAGGUAGCCAACCAUGGGAAUGCUCAAGAGGUUAACACUACACAUGUUACAGUCACAACAGGAAGACCUCUCACUACCAACUCUUCUACUACAAGCCAUGUGCAGCUUUCAUUUUUUAACAAUUAUAAAAUGUUGCAGAGAGCAUUCUAUGUACUAAUUGGAAUCAGCGUCUUGGCUGUACUGUACUUUGUCAUACGGACCUGUAGUAUGAAAAAGAAACCACAAAGGAAGAAAUAUGGACUUCUUUCUGACUAUGAUGAAAACAUGGAGCUGGGAUCUAUGGAAAGUGAUGAAGAGAAAAUCUUUGAAUCCCGAAACAUAAGAAGGUGAUUGGUGAAAUCUUUGCCUCCAUGGUCUACUAACAAUUACCCAGCCUUCUGUCCUUGUGAUGGCACAGGCUGAUUCCUGCAAGGUCUGUGUUUUGAGGGGACAUGAGUAUAUGUGAACUGCAUUGUUCUAAUUCAAGUGCCACCUCUUGGGAGGAUAAAGGCUAAUUUAAAAAAACAAAUCAAUAAAGGGCACUUCUGGUUCUCUGACGUUUGCACAAAACGCAUUCAAUUUACACAAUAUGGAAUUUUUUGCUGGGGUGUUUUUUUUUUUUUUUUUUUUUACCUUGACCUUGCAUCAUUUUGCCAAGGAGAUAUGGCAGAAGCUAUUAAAAUGCAUCUCAUUGUAGUAGCCUGUGCAGGAUAUUUUGUAACAAACUUUAUUUUUUCAAUGCAAACUUUUUUUUAUAUAGUAUGUGAAUAAAACGGUUGGUUCUCAAGUUU